AUGGAGCAUUAUUUCUAUUUGCUAUUGAUAAACACUUAGAUCUAAGAAUAAAGCAAUAAAUACCUUCUAUUUCUUCCUUAUAAUUUAGAUUAGUCUGAAUAGAAGACUAAGAGUUUUUAAUAAUAAACUAUGAAUAUAUUAAAUGAAUUAAAAGAAGAUAAGAUAAGAAAAAAUUAAUAUAGAAUUAGAAGUAGUGCUAAUUGGUUAGAUAAUAUUUAAAUUAUUUAAGAUAAGGAGGAUACAGAAAUGAGUUUAAUAUUUAAUUAAUAUGAAGAUAGCUCAAUCAAUUCAUGGAUGAAAUUCUUACUAUAUCAUGAAUCUGAUAAAAUUUUAGAUAAAAUAAAUAAGGAUGUCUCAUUAGUUUAAGAAAAGGUGUAAUCAACUCAUUUUCCAGAAAUAUACUUCUAAUUCUUCUUAAGAUAUUAAAAAUUGGUCUAUUUCGAAUCAAGAGAAUCUUUAAUUUAAAUUAUGCAUUGCUACAAUGUAAUGAGAACUAUGUAGAAAAAUUUGAAUAUUUAUUUCAUGGAUUUACAUCAACUUUCAAGUUAAUUAACAAAGGAGAGAAUACAAAAAAAAUAAUACAAUACUUUGAAUACUUUUAUAACUAGUUUAGAUUCUAAAGAUACUAUUCCAUAAGAAGAUACUUCUGCUUAUUUUUGUGAUGAGAAAAUAUAAAGAAAUCAUAAUCUUUUUGAAGUUGUAGAUGGAAAUGGUCAUAAAAUUAUUUAUGAAAUAGUUUUUAAGGAUGUAGCUUAAUUAUUAGAUAAAGUAAGUCAUAUUAGUGCAUUUACCUUAUAAUUCACUAAUAAAAUUGGAGAAAAAAAUAGUCAUUCUGAUUCUUAAUAAUUAAAUAGAUUUUUAGCAGUUAAAGAUUUAUUAUAAGCUGAACUUGAUUACAAUAAUGCUAAAUGUAAAAUAUUGUAAAUUGUUUAUCCUAUGUUAUAAAAAACAAGAGUUUCAGAAUUGAAUAAUGCUGUUAGUAUAUUGGCAAGGUUGGUUCAUUAAUAACCAAAAUUUAAGUAUGAUUAAAAUGUGCUUAUUUAUUAUUCAGAAGCUACAAAGAGAUUAAAUCUUUUAUGUAAAAUUUUUACUAAUACUAAAUCACUUAAAUUAAUUUUAAAAUUAUUUUCUAUUAAAGAUCUAAACAUAUUAGAAUAAACUCUAAAAUAUAUUAGAACAGAUAGAUUGAUUGAUAAAGAGUUUCCUUAUAAAUCAUUUUAUAUUUAGAUUCUAAAAAUAAUUUAUUACAGAUCUUAAAAUAAUUACCAGAAGAUGGAAAUUUUAAUAUUUUCUCUCUUUUAGAAUUUUUAGUAUUGAGAAGAAAAUUUUAUAAAUUAUCUUUGAGAAUUUAUUAUUUGAGUAAUAUUUAUGGUUAGUAGAUCAAAGAUAGGGGAUUAACAAAUAAGAUGAUAUAAAAAUUAGAAUUAAUUCCAAAUAGAGUUAUUGAUGAUAAAAAUUUUGAUGUAUUCUCAAUAGUAAUGGAUGAAUAUUUGAAAAUUGGUAAGGAAUGUUAACAAAUUGAAUUAUGGAGAAGUUUUGCAGCAGAUAACUAUAAAAUGAUUGAUAUGUUAAUGCCAUUAAAAUCUUUAUUGUUAUUAGAUUUUUAUUUGUUUAAUGCUAUAAAAAUAAAUAAGAAAUAGAAUCAUCACUUUGUUGAUAUUAUAGGAUUAAAAGAAAGAUUAGCAUUGUAGGCUUAAACAACUUAGAGGAAAGCUAAUAUUAUGUAAAGUAGUACAAAUGCAAAUGAUUAAAAUAGUUAAGAUAAAAUUAAAUAGACAGCAAUUAGUAUGAUUUCUAGUCAAUUUAGAGGUUCAUUAUUGGUUAAAAAUUUUGUAAAUAAAAUGUAAUAAAAUUAUAAGAAUUUAAUAAAUUAUUAACAUAACAAUGUCAAUCAUUAAUUUUCACAUUGCAUGCACUCAUUUAAAGAGAAUAGAUGAUUCAAUUAAAUUAAAAGUUACCCUUUGUAAAACCUUUAUUUACUGAGGAACCAUUCUUAAAUGAGAUGUAAUAAAUUUAGAACCCUUUUAUUAUUCAUAGUAUACAAUCAAUGAUGAACAUUAUUAAUUUUAAAGAUUUUGAUAAUAAGACUUCAAAUUCUGAUGUUGACAAUUUGGGAGAUGAAGAUUGGAUUACAACAACUAUAUUAAAAUUAGAGAAAAAUGUUACACCUUUGUCUGCUAAUAGAAAACAACCAAAAUUUAAGAGUUCUGGUAAUCCUUUUUCAAAUAAUAAUAAAUUUUAGGAACCUAUAUCUGGUUCAUAAUAAUUAGCCUUAUAAUUGGUUUAACUUUUAAUAAGGGUUCAAUCAUGUAAUUGCAAUGUUCAAGAUCUUAUUUAUUUGAAUCAAGGAAUGCUUGGUAUGGAGGAAUUGAAACAAAAUUAAUUGAGAUUAAGAAGAGAUUUAGAGAAUGUGUAUUAAUCUGUUUAAAAGUAUAAGGAUAAUAUUACGAAAAUAUUAUCAAAUGGAAAUAUUUAGAAUAUGAAUCUUACUAUAAUGACAUAUUUGGAAAAAUUAAUAAAACGAUUUCAUUUAUUAAUUAUCAUUACAAUGAUUUCAUCUGGUCAUUAAUUUAGAAAAUAAGUUUAAGAUAAUAGUGAAAUAUAUCCUUAAAUAAUUUCUACAUUAAGAAAUGCUUUAAUAACUGGAUGUUUUAGAAAUAUGUGUCAUGUUGAAAGAUUAAUGGAUUAAGCACCAAGAGUAUAUCAUUCAAUUUAAACAAAAAGAAUUAUUAGUGAUAAAAUGAUGUUAUUAAAAUAUGGAUUUGGUUCUUAAUUUGUGUAAGUUCAUUAAACAAAUCCUAAUAAUGUUCAUAUGCCACUUUAGCAAUAUUAAUUUGAAGAUUAUUAUACAUAAUUAUCACCUAAUAUGAUUCCAUCUUAGCAAAUAUCAUUUAGAACAUAAAAAAUUAAUUAUAAUAUUGAAUCUUUUUUAUCAAAUGUAAUAGAUCUCUUUCCUUAAGCAAUCAAUGGCAAAUUUAUUUACUUUAUUUCCUUAAUCAAAAUUGAUUUAUUAUUCAACAAUAUAGGAUUUAGUUAUAUCAGAAUCUGA